AGGCGCUAUGCAAAGAAAAGAAACAUAGCCAGAAAAGAGGCACACUUAAUGGGAUUUAAAAAAAUGAUGGAAACAUUGAAAUGGGGUUUAGCACUUGGUAUUGCAGAGAUCAGUUAUGCUUUUAGCAUAAAUAACUUCAAUCGUAGUGAAGAAGAAGUCAAGGAUCUCAUUGAUCAGCAGCAGAAGUUCAAAGGUUUUUUAGAAGAAUUAGACAAACUGAAGGACGCUGGAGUUUGCAUUCGUGUGUUUGGUAACUGGUCCUUGCUUUCAGAAGAUGUAUGCAAACUAAUUGCUCGAUGUAUGAUCGCCACGAAGGAUAAUAAUAAAAUAAUUUUAAAUAUGGCUUGCCCUUAUACAUCAAAGGAUGAACUUACUCAUGCAAUUAAAGACAUAGCAAAAGGUAUAAAACAUAAUAAUAUCUUACUAGAAGAUAUUAACGAAGAUUUGAUUUCUGAGUGUUUGUAUACUUACAAAUCUUCAAAUCCAGAUUUAUUAAUUCGUACUUCCGGAGUAUCUCGACUUAGUGACUUUCUCAUGUGGCAAGUUUCUAACACUUGCAUCUAUUUUACCGAUGUUUUAUGGCCUGAGCUAACUUUAUGGAGAUUUCUCGCUGCAAUCUCUUAUUAUCAAAGAUCUGACUCGCGAAAAGUUAGGAACAAUUUAAAACCUAUUGUGCAUAAUAGUAUAGAGUAUCUGGUGGUUGAUAAAAUACACCACGAAC